GCAGACGAGCUGGCAUACAGGCAGCAGGAGAUAUCGGGUUCCACGUGUGGAAUCUCCUCGUCCAGGCUAGGAGAGGCUCACUUGCUUUCAGCAGAGACGGAGAGAGUUCUCCAGCUUUCUUCUAUUCGCUCAUGAGACUCGGAGAGCUAAGUUCAGUUCAUCUUCGCUCGGUGUUUGUGGAGCUGUUUAAUUUCUCUUCAGGUCUGUGAACUUCCAGUGAUAACAAUUGAUGGAAGCUGCACCGUAUGAUAACGUGGAGUUCCCGGUCAGAAAGCCAGGCACAGGGACGUGGCCUGGACCGGGACAAAACGCCGCGGCGACCUCUUCGUCGGUAAAGACAGUGCAUGUGCAACAGUCGACUGCGAAGGACGGGAGAGUGGGAUCCAAGUUGGCCCCACUCAUGGAAAGUAUGGAGGUAGCGGAAUCGGAAGAUCAGAGGAUGCAGGCAAAGAUGUUCCACUCUUCACAGUUAGGAUCCCAUUCAACGGUUUCAUCUUCAAACACGACAUCGAAACCGCCAACGUCACAACUUCACACAUCCUCGACACCACAGUCCCACACAGUCCACGUUCAGAACCAGCCCCAGUCUAUCGGCAAUGUCACCACGUACGUCCCACAGAAGGUCAACCAGCCUCUCAAGUCCAAGAAAGACACGGAGCCCCCGGAACAGGAGGAUGGAGACUUCAGAAGAAGUGACUUCAACCCAGCAUCUCAGACUGUGCUGGACAAGGCCUACACUGACCACAGACACUUCUACAGACUCAACAGCACUGUUCUGGACGAGGGGAGCAACCUCAAGCAGGAGGUGAUGGAGCUCUACAGGAAGGCUGGGGAGACGCUGUCAUACGAACAGCUGAUUCAGGGUAUGCUGGUGGAGGGGGAGAAGUUGCUGCUGGGAGGGUGCUGGCUCUAUUUCACUAACGUGGAGUUCUAUGACAUGGAGUGCGCCAAGAUGCUAAAAGAACCAAUCGGAAGAGGGCGAAUAUGUCUGACCAAUAAAAGGGUGUUGUUACUGUCGGCGGAGAUAUUCACGGAUUCGACAUUAAAUGAGUUCGGCGACACCAGCAAGCCUUCGGGUGGUUACAAGUUGCAGGUGACCAAGUCCAACAACAUCUACUACCAGAACCUUCCGCUGAACACUUUCCACAGCGCUGAGAUGUCCGCCUCAGUUGGAACCACAACACAGUCCAAAAUCAGCAUCCUCAACCCAAUCUGCUGGGGAGCUUGCUCGUGCUUCGGGGUUGGUCGCUGCUCGCGGUCGUGGAAGACCACUCCGCCCAUGACGAAGACGUUCAACAAGCGAGUCGUGAAGCUGGGAGUAGCGAUGCCCCCAUGGGGGACGAAAAUGUUUGUUAAUGUCUAUCUGGACCCGGAAAUGUCUCUGACUACUGCACGUGACUUUGUGGCACAGCUUCAGUACCACGCCCCCCACUUACAGUGAUAGCACCGGUUCAGACUGACCAAUGGUCAGCGGGCAGAUAUGUACGAAGACGUCAAGAAAGUUUGAUCGAGAAACAAAUAAGGGCAUGUUUGCCCCUGAAAUUCAUAUUGGAAAAUACCUGUUACCAUUAGCUUCUAAGAGAAAUUGUUUGGAUUUUCUCGUGGAUUUUCUCUGGAAAGCCAAUCGUUUCUUAAUUCGUCUCCAUGCACCCUGAAGACGGGAUAGCGUGGAAUAUAUAGACUGAGUGAUCACAGAUGCUUUUCCUCAUGUUUUCGAGAUGUAGAAGAAAGAAUGUGACCCCCAUUUCGUUUUGAGGAAAAACGCUUUUGAAUACUGAACACACACAAGAACUGCAUGGACAGUGCUCCUACUUUAAUGGAUGUAUAUGGGAAGUCUUUAUAUUUGGGUAAACCACUGAUGGAGACACUAGCGGUCCUCACAAACAGGUGUAUUCAUUUCUUCACUUCCAUCUCUCUGAUGAUGUGCAUAUAUCGUUGACUUCCACUUUGAGGUCGUGACUCGUUAGUGAUUAGAGUUUAUUCUCACGAAUGGUGCUGACAUUUAAUAGUGCAAUGAAGGAUCUAAUAUUUAUUCAGUAUAUAUUAUGCAAGCUUGGAGCUGUCAUUCGUCCAUGCAAGCGAGCCAUUCUACGUCCGCCUUAUAUACAGAACUUGGUGCAAUAACGAGGGACGGGGUUGGAUGGGUUCAAUGGUGCGCCAACUGAAUGCCGAAACCCUUUAGUCUCUACAGUGUACCAGGACAAGGGCAAUGUGUUGAUACAGAGCAAAAUGCAAGCUGCCAGCAAGUGCGUCCGGGACAGGAAACACUAUUAGAACACGUAUAGCAACAAUGUAUUGAUAGAAUAUAUCGCUGAAGAUGGUUGUCUUCCAUUUUUAUCAUUUCAAAAGCUUAUAGAACCAUACUGUGUAACGAUACUGAGCUGGAAUUUGGCGACAAGAUUACAGAAUUACAAGGUGAUACGAGCGAUAUUGUCAAGAUGUAUUGAAAUGAUAAUUAGUCGGUGUUUGUUUUCUUUCAAAGUACAUAAGGCUAAAAUAAACGUGUCUUUUGUUUCUCGCUUCUAACCGUACAUUUGUCCACCACGCGUCAAUUCUGCGCCCGCCUUCUGUCCACCUCGCUUCUUCCCUGAGUCUGUUCCUGAUAUUAUUACACAUCAUAACUUGAGUGGCGCCAUAAGGUUUCAGGACCAAAUGACCUUGAUUUUACCAUGUUGUGUAAUACUUUGGGAAGACACAAGGGAAGAGUGCUUCAGCGAAUUUUGCAAAUACUAAUAUCCGAGAAACAAAGGACAUUAUAUCAGCCUCACGCAAACCUCUAAUAUUCAAUACGUAUCUCGAUAUGUAUCUUUCUGUAUCGCUACCUUCUAGAUAUGUAUCAUUGAGAUAUGUAAUCCUCUACAGCCAUCUGUGUAAUUAUGAUUCCUGCCUAGGUAUGUUUCUAAUUAAACAUGGAUAUCAUUA